AUGGAACGUCAGGAGAAACUACAGCACAAGACUGGUGAAAUAUUAGCGAGAAAAGUACAAACAAGUAAUACUAUUAGACAUCGAUCAGGAUGCAGAAAGUACCCAUAUCCAAAGGAAGGAGAAAAAGAAACAAACCCGGGCCUUCAUGUUCCCAUUAUCAACUUGAUUUCAAAUGCGAAAAGGUUGUCCUCUCAGCAAGCUCUUCAAUCAGGGACAACACAUUUUAGCACAGGACUCAUUUUUAUAAUUAUUGCGAUAACUGUGGGGAUUCUACUCGUCUAUCGGACUACAACUCUUAUGGAUUAUCUGGAUCGUAUUAAAGAGCAUGAAGCAAACAAGAGGAAAGAAAUGGAAGCACGUGUUCUACGACGGACUAGCACCAUCGAUACUCGCUCCAGUUUCUUUUCUCCAGCUUAA